UUAAGAAUAAUUUGUUUCAAUAGACGCUUGCAACCGUCGUUGGUAUGGACACUGGCAUUCGCUAAUUUUAACACACCUAUUGGGAACCCAUCACAAGCUAGAAUGAAGUGUUCUGGCAAGAAAGAAGAUGGCACUCCAUGUGAUUACACAGAAGAGGAAACAUUCCUUUUUUGUCCAAAUUGUGGUUCAAGCUGUACUGCAGAAGAAUCAGAACCUCCAGUAGAUGUAAUCACAUGCCCAGGCAAGAACAAGCAAUGUGGAGCACAAAUCUCUUCAGAUUCCAAAGCUAACUUUUGCAAAGAGUGUGGUUGGCGGAUUGACCGAAGUUUGUUCUGUACACCAUCAAAGAAAUGCCCAGGAAAAAAUGAUGAUGGCUCUCUUUGUGGAGGAAAUAUUACAGAGAAUGAUAAGUUUUGUUUAAACUGUGGACAGGAUUUCACUUCUGAUGAGAAUGGAGACAAGUUAGGUUCACACUUGACAGGUGAACAUGAACCUCAAGCAAAUGCUGGAGCUAAAAUUGAUCAUUGCAGCAAAGAGGGAGUUGAAAAUGAAGCUUUGUUCGGAAAAAACACAACAGACACCAAACCAGACACAACCACAACUGAGGCAUCUGAGGUUGGCAGUGAGACUCAGUGUGGAGGAAAUUCAACAGACACCAAACCUGACACCACCAUCACUGAGGUGUCUGAGCCUGGCAGUGGGUCUCUGUCUGGGGGAUCUUCAACAGACACCAAACCAGACACCACCAUCACUGAGGUGUCUGAGCCUGGCAGUGGGUCUCUGUCUGGGGGAUCUUCAACAGACACCAAACCUGACACCACCAUCACUGAGGUGUCUGAGCCUGGCAGUGGGUCUCUGUCUGGGGUAUCUUCAACAGACACCAAACCUGACACCACCAUCACUGAGGUGUCUGAGCCUGGCAGUGAGACUCAGUGUGGGGGAUCUUCAACAGACACCAAACCUGACACUACCAUCACUGAGGUGUCUGAGCCUGGCAGUGGGUCUCUGUCUGGGGGAUCUUCAACAGACACCAAACCUGACACAACCAUCACUGAGGUGUCUGAGCCUGGCAAUGGGUCUCUGUCUGGGGGAUCUUCAACAGACACCAAACCUGACACAACCAUCACUGAGGUGUCUGAGCCUGGCAGUGAGACUCAGUGUGGGGGUUCUUCAACAGACACCAAACCAGACACCACCAUCACUGAGGUGUCUGAGCCUGGCAGUGGGUCUCUGUCUGGGGGAUCUUCAACAGACACCAAACCUGACACCACUACCUCUGGGGUGUCUGAGCCUGGCAGUGGGUCUCUGUCUGGGGGAUCUUCAACAGACACCAAACCUGACCCCACCAUCACUGAGGUGUCUGAGCCUGGCAGUGGGUCUCUGUCUGGGGGAUCUUCAACAUACACCCAACCAGACACCACCAUCACUGAGGUGUUUGUUACUGGUAAAGAGUGUCAGUCUGGGGAAUCUUCAGUAGAUUCCCACCCAGGCACAACCACUACUGAGGUGUUUAUGCCUGGAAGUGAGACUCGAUCAGAGGGAACUUCAGUAGACAUCCAACCAGACACAACCACCAAACAUGAGGUUAAAACUGGCAGCCAGACUCAGUUAGGAAUUUCAGCAGACAUACAACAGUCUCAGAUUAACAGUGAAAAUGGUGAAGAUAAUGCACUACAAAGUGGCCAAGUCAGCCAUGAUUGGCAUGUGAUGAGUAACGAAAAGCAGAGUGGAGAGGGCUGUGAAAAUGAGGACCAUUCUGAUAAUGAUGAGUCUGGAAGUGAGGAGGAAUCUGAAUCAAGUGAUGAAUCUGGUGAUGAUGAAGUGAAGAAUGACAAGAGUACAGACCAGACAACAACACUUUCAGGGGAUAAUGCAGAAAAUCAACCGUCAAACUCAAUCUCAAACAACCCUAAACAGAAUCAAGUCUCAAAUGAAAGCUGCAUGACAGUUUCAUCAGAAUCAGAGGACACUUCUUCCCCUAAAGUAAAACCACUGACUCUGAAACAGCAGAGUGCAGCAAUAGAAGGAAAUGUGAUUAAGUCUUCUGCUUCACCACAAGAAACAUUUGAUGUUAGUCCAAAAAUGGAAGAGUGUCAACACCAAGUACCUGUUGCAUUAGGAGCAGCAUCAGAAACAACUGCUCCAAUCACAACAAGAGAUAUUUCUUCUAAAACAGAAGAGAGUUCAGUAAAUGAUGAUUUAACACCUGCAGCAGUGCCAAGUGCAAUAUCACAAGGGAAGGAAAAUGAAAACAAAGAUGAAGAGGUGUCCCCAAAAGGCAAGGGGACAAAAGGAUCCAAGAAGAAAAACAAGAAGAAAAACAAGAAGAAGAAUGUUAGAGGUCCAAAGAACAAACCCACAAUGACUGAAAAUGAAUCUCAAGCUCAGGUUCAUCACAGCCAAUCCAAAAGCAAAGAUGAUGUUGAUGUCAUCUUCCAUGUCAUAAUAUCAAGCGAGUUUGAUUUUGAUCCAAAGUCAGACCAGGUCAGUGUGGCAUUUCAACCAACAGAACUUAGAGGAUUUGAAAAUGGAUGGAUUAUGAAACUUGUCAGAUGUGAGGAUGAGAUCAGAGAAUAUUCCUGCCAAGUUCAUAUGUCAAAGACACUACGCAAUGCUGGCUUUGAUUAUAAGUAUGGGGUAACAUCUCAAGAUAAGAAAGUCAGAUGGGAAAAGCUGUAUUUCCAAACUUCAUACAAAAACAGGCGUUUCACCAUGCCAGGUGAAAUGAAACAAUCCAAAGAUUCCCGGCAUCGGUAUGAUGGAUAUGUGUAUCCCAAUAUCUCGGCGUCGAGGCUAGAGGCCUUUCUUAACUUCUUCAAGGGGGUCUCUCACAAGGUUCAAGAAGAUGUCAAAGUUGCUGCAAGAAAUUUUUGGCCAUCAUACAACAUUAUCAUGUCAUCUUUAGCAAAAACAACACCAGAUGAGUCAGAAAGAGCAGAGAAUCUUGUAAAUACAGUUCAAGAUGUGCUUGAUGGACUUUAUUGCCAAAUGCCUGAAAAGAACAGAACAUCUUUCAAAGCAGAGAUUCUUAUGGACUAUGUUACUCCUCUACUGAAUCAACUGCAUGUCAACAGUGGGAUGGAAAGUCACAACAAACAGGGACUUCUGCUUGGACUAUUUGUUGUCGCAAUUUUCAGGAAGAACAAACUUAAAUUAUAUCUCCAAAAAGAUCAUUUCAAAGCCAUGCUCGUACAGCCAAACAGAGAGAAACAAGAAUGUGUGGAAAUGAAUCAUUUGGAGAAGCAUUUUCCAGGAAAGACAGAAUUUUUGAUUGCGAUGAUCAUGGAUCUGAUCGAUGAACAUAGCCAAAUAUGUACGAGUGGUGUUAAAGCUGAUUCUACCUGGCUCUAUGCUGUGCCUAUUCUUCACUUUUUGAGAAAAGACUCUGUGCCAUUUAUCAAACCUCUUGAACACAACCAUUAUAACAAAGAAUGGUGGGGACACAGAGAACUGCAUGCAAAAGUAGAAAGACUGAAGACCUUUUGCUAUUGGAGCAAUUCUCUAAAAACAGUCUGUACAGAUUUGGAACAUUUAUUUGAUGUGGACUUCUUACUGCCAAGGACUAUCAUGGGUUGUGUGUCUUUUCCCUUGUUGAUGACAGCUGUUGAGCUGCAAAAGAUUCCAGCUGAAGUUUCUAGUGCAACACUCUGCUUUUACAAUUAUGAAGUUUACACACAUGAACUGGACACAGUAGAAUGUAUCCAGGAAGUGGCAAAGACCUUCAAACAGCACCGCCAAGACAGAAAAGCUUCAGACCACUGCUCAAGCUCCUUGGAGAAGUGCUUUGCAGAAAGAAACUUGACUUUGAAGAUUACAACAGAUUUGAUAAAAAAGUACCAGUGGUAUACACCACGCACAGAUGAAUUCAUCUAUGCAGCUGCAGACUUGUUUGCAUCAAGUGUCUAUGACUGUACAUUUCAUGAAGAUGAACAUGCAGCUUCUAAACUGGAUAGUGUAAAAGAAGGAGACGAUCAGAUUCUGGAAUGUUGGAAAGUUAUCAAUAUUUGGAUGCAGACACUGUUUUCUCAAACAGUAAUGCGUGGCAGAUGCCUUCAGAACUGGAACUGUUUGCUGAAGCUUGACUUUGGAAGUUCAAGAACAAAUGACCAAUUGCAAACUGUCCUUUUGAAUGGAGUUGAAGCUGUCCUGUCAGAGAUGACACACAUGGAUUGCUGUCAUGUGUUCCUGAAUGAGAAUAUAUCAGGCCUCAGUAAUGUUCUGCAAGAACGAAUAACAAAUGCAGCUUUCAAGUCCUUUGAUAAUCUUGUGAGGAACAAGAGCAGAAUUGAAGCAACAACUACAGUGAAUGAGAACUUUGGUAAACUCAUGUCAAAACUGCUGACAAGUCAUUGGCCUGAAACAGAGGAUCAAGAAAUAAUCAUGGAGCACUUAUUGACAUGGGAACCAUUGUUGCAUUACUUCAAGCGAUUUGUCAUCAACUUGAAUGACCCCAAAGUGCUGUCAAAACACUGUACUGUUUAUAUCUUGAAUGCAGCACAGCUUCUGGACAUGCUCAAGAUAUCUGUUAAUGAUGGCAGUAUCCCAGUGUCACAACUGAGGUUGAUUGUUGCUGACAGUGACAGGUUCUUGGAAUUAUUAGCAGCUUGUGCAGGUGUUUAUGAAUCUAGGGACCUGAGCACUGAUGAUGAGGAUGGUGCCGAUAAGACUGAACAUGAAGAAAUGCAACAUAUUCUUCUUAUUCGCCAGAAGGAACUGAAGGUCGCUGAAGAGAGUCUCAGUCAACUGAAGAUUCUAAUGCACUAUUGUGUUAACAUCACCAGUGUCAAUACUACUGCACUAACCGAUGACAUCUCGGAAAUGGAAAGGCAUUUUGAAUCAGCAGAUGCACUCUCUUCAGUCUGCUGUACUUUGCCAAGGAAAGAAGCAAAAAUGACCACAAUUGAUACAUACAAGCCAAAACUGAAACACUCAGUUUCUGAGGAGACAAUGACAAUUGUACCCAAGCUAAAGACGCUAAAGAAAAGUUCAAUUUUCCAUACUAUAUGGAAGAAGGAAGCUGCAAAUGUCAUACAGGGAACUAGCUUUGAAGACUCAGUAAAGCUGACCUGGCAGAGUGCCUCUCCGAAAUGGGAAAUGCUGUGCUCAAAGAUAAGAGAUGGAACAGAGACAUUUAAAAAUGUUCAAAAGCAUAUUAAAGAUUUGGAUAGUGGUGAAAUCAAGGAAGAGUUCAAUUUGAUGUGUGAUGGAUCAUCGCCAAAGGCGUGGGUGGAUAGAAGAUUGGAACAGUUGGAUGGCUACAAACAGCUAGAAUGUUAUCAAACAACUGCAAAAGUAAUUAUGGACAUCAGCAAGUCAUAUUCCUUUUCAGGAGACUUUGAACCUGUCAGGAAAAUCAGUAUGUUGGGACGCAGUGAUGAACACCAAAUGAAGAAACUUGACAAAAAUGUGCUGGAAACCUGUGAAAUAUUAAGGGGAAUAAAUGACCCUAACAAACAAAAAUGUAUUAGAGCUUAUGAAACCUGUCAUGCACUUGUGGAGUGGCUGCAGACAUCAAUGACAGGUGGCGUGAAGGAACUGAAGGUGUUUGUGGACCUGGCUUUCAUCUCAGCUGGGGAGGAACCGAUGGAAAUACACAAAGUCAACUGUUUCCACUCAGCAACCACUGGAUAUGCUCCACUGAUCUUCAACACACCACAGACUGCAGACUAUGCCACUUUCCUCAAGAACUGUAAAGCUGUUUUGCGGGAACUUGAAACAGACACAAAACUCCCAGACAAAUUGAUUGACGCCAAUCUUCAUCUUACAUGGCUAAAGGAGGUAAAAGCGUCACAUGGAUCAGUGGAAGUCACAUCCCUCUCACAGGCAAGAAUGAUCAACUCCCAGGGUGUAUACAGGAUUGGCAACCUACUGAAUAUAAAGAAUGUGUCUGAUCUGUUCUUGAACAAUGUCAUCAGUCUUCACUUGUCUACUGACAAUGUAGACACUGAAAUGACCUUGGAGCAGACACAAGACAACCUGUCCCGGAAGUACAGCUUUGACCAGUUGGUGGAUCUUCAAAGCAGACUGAUGCUGGUGGCUGGCCAGGCAGAUAAGGGCAAAGAAAAUGUCGACGAAUUCAUCAUGAUGCUUGAUGGAAUAGUACGUUUGGCCAAAACUUACAUCCGACUUUGCAGUGAUGGCUGUGUAUUGUUUGAAUGUUGGAAAGGAGAAUUUAUGUGUGGCACUGACAGAAAGGUUUGCUCAGUUUUAGAAUUUGGACAUGAUGAAGCAAGUGAAACAUUGAAAGGUCAUUGUGGCAAGGAAAAUGUUACAGACUUUGUCCUUGCCCUUGCAAAACAAUUUGAGGACUUCCAUGAUGAAUGGAUGAACUGUGUCAGUGACAAGAGAGAUGACUAUUUGGAGCUGAACUUCUACACCAUAGAGCAAUUGGUGUUCCUCCAGAGAGAACUCAUCAAACUAGGCACAGAGGAGGAACCUUCCGUUCAUGUGUACUCAAUGUUGUCUCUGAUCAAGCCUGACUGUACCCAAGCAGAUCUCACUGAUGCCAUGCAAACAGCAAAACAUGUUGUCUUUGCUCAGGAGGAAGACAGUCAACAAGAAUUGUCAGUUGAGGAGACUUUGGAAAAAUGUGAUCCUAAACAAGCCUUCAUUAAUGCCAUGCUUGACACAAACUUCUCAGAGAGUUUGGCAGAACGUGCCCUUGAGGCCAUUGGUCCUGAUGAUGUUAACAGUGGUGUAGCUUGGUGUUUUGAACACCAAGAAGAUUUUCUAGGAGAGGAUGAGGUACCAGAGAUUUGUGACGAGACAUUUAGUGGCUGGGAGUUUGAGCAACAUUCAUUUUCAUCAAAAGCAUCAUAUUGGGUUAAGAAAACAGAAAUUUAUACAAGAAAUGAUGUCACUGUACAAGAUAUGACUUCCAACCUGAGGUCAGUGUGGGACGCAUUCCUGGAAGCUGUAUCAUCCAGUGUAGCAGAUUAUCUCAGUCUGGAACAUCUGGGCAUCAUCCUCAGACAGUUGGCACAAACAGAUCAGCGUAAGUUCAACAGGACUAUUCCACUACAGCAAAAGGCAGGAAUUCCGAACUUGAUAGUGUGCCCCCAAGCUGAUAUGCUGAACACUGUUGUAUACAUGUACAAACACUCAGAGGAUGAGCCACUUCCUCAACCAGAUGAAGUCCUUCUGUGCACUCCACAAACUACCUUUGACCAGGUUGACAUCUUCCUGCGGCGAGCCUUCUUCAGCAACCCUGGCAAGUUGUAUACAAUGGCCAAUGCUGAUUUGCUGCAGUAUGAAAUAGAGGAGAGGGCAGAGAAGAAGCUAAAGGAGUAUGCAAACAGAAUAGAAGGUCUUGACUAUCGGCUCGUGAUUUUGUGUUCGACAGAGAAUGAGUUCAAAGCAAGAAUUGUGGCAGCUCUUGAAAGACAGAGAUGCCCUUCACCUCCACUGCAACACUUGGAAGAUAUCAGACAAUACCUGCAGUUGAAGUUUUCACAGAAGUAUGAAAAAGGGGGAAUGACAUCUGCCUCUGGAUUAGAUUUCGAUAGUUCCACAGUGCGAGUGAUCAAGUCCAAGAGAGCUGGUGUCGGGAAGACCUUGUACAAGAAGCGCCAGGUGGAGGCACUGCAGCGUCUGAACCCUAGAGUCCCUGCUACAUCAGUGUCCAUACAUCUGUAUGAGAAAAGUGUGUCUACAAUGGAUGUGGCAGAGAAACUGCUUGAUCAUACACUUCAGCCUGGACAAGUCCUACCAAGAAUAUUCCACCUGGACAUCUCAUAUGAGGUUCAGGAAGGUGUUGACUAUCUCCUCUUCAACCUGCUGGUUCUGGGCUCUAUCAGCAACAACAUGGGACAUGUCUGGCUCAAGUCUCCCCUGGACUUGUAUCUGGUGGAGACAAUCCCCAUCACAGAUGUCAGACAGGACAGGAGAGCCAGUCAGCAUCUGAUCCAUACCAUAUUAGAGAUUCUGCCUGAUGUCUAUUGCUGGUCUCCUCAAGACACCCUGCAAAUUCUCACAGAAGACACCAUCCCUAAAGAAUUUAGAGAACAUGACAGUACAUUUGAUCAAAAGGAGUUUGAAAGUGAGGCUUUUCAAAGGCCUUACCGAUACCUUAAAAGAUGGGGCACCAAACACAAUAUGUCUGAUAUUGAUCCCAAGGAACCAGAAGGGACCCAGGAAGACUGCUUAGCUACUCUGUUACAACACUGUGGAGUACCAGACCCAGCUUGGUCUGAGCUUCACAACUUUGUGUGGUUCCUGAAUACUCAGCUGGUGGACUUUGAGAACUCCAUCUUCUGUUCAGACCUCAUUUUGGAGGAUCUACCUGGCUUCCCUGUGUUGGUGCUGCACUUCCUUAUCCAGAUGUCAAGGGACUUUGCUACCAGGUCACUGGUGAUGAGCGAAGAGCCUCCACUGGACCAGCUGAAGGUUCAAGACAGAGAAGAAGAAGAUCUCACACAGUUUCAGAUGAAGCGGACUUGGGAAAGCAGCCCACACCCUUACAUUUUCUUCAACCCUGAUGGCCAGACCAUGACCUUCCUUGGCUUCAACAUUGACCACCGGACUGGGAACAUGGUGGACCAGCAGACAGGGAGGGUGCUGGAGAAAAAUCUCGUGCCCAAACCACUACAAGAAGCACUGAUCAGAAACAGGGUCAACAUCAAUGAGAACUUUGAUCAGAUGCAAAGACUUGAUCGAUUGGCUAAGCUGUGCAGUGUGAUGCCAGGUGUUGACUUUGUACAUGAUCCUGAUGACACAUAUGAACUGACAACAGACAAUGUCAAGAAGAUACUUGCAAUUUACAUGAGAUUUAGAUGUGGAAUCCCAGUGAUAAUCAUGGGAGAGACAGGAUGUGGGAAGACAAGACUGGUCAAGUUCAUGUGUGCCCUACAGUGCAUGCCAGGCUCUGACAUUGAAAACAUGGUCAUUAUGAAGGUACAUGGUGGCACAACCUCUGACGACAUCAUCAAAAAGGUCAAGCAUGCGGAACAACUUGCCAUUGCUAACAAGGCUAGGAACUCACACAUGUACACUGUGCUGUUCUUUGAUGAAGCAAACACAACAGAAGCCAUUGGACUCAUCAAGGAAAUAAUGUGUGAUGGCUGUAUUGAUGGACAGCCACUGAAACUGUCGGAAAACCUCAAGAUUGUGGCUGCCUGCAAUCCUUACAGAAAGCAUUCUGAUGAGUUGAUUCAGAGACUUGAAAAAGCAGGACUUGGCUAUCAUGUUGAAGCUGACAAGACAACAGAUAAGCUAGGCCAUGUCCCUAUGAGGAGACUUGUGUACCGGGUUCAGCCUCUGCCACAGAGCAUGCUGCCUCUUGUUUGGGACUUUGGCCAACUCAACAUACACGUGGAAAAACUCUACAUCAGACAGAUGGUCAACAGAUAUGUACGAAAUGGCGAGAUUCCUAAUUACCCUGGACUUGUUGAGGUUAUCAGCCGGAUCCUUAUAGCCUCUCAAGAAUUUAUGAGAAAACAACAGGAUGAGUGCAGCUUUGUGAGUCUUCGUGAUGUUGAUCGUACCCUGAGUGUCAUGGCCUGGUUUUACCAGCAGUCCCAGGAGAAUGGAACACUGUUUAAGAUGAUUGAUGAACAGCUGUGUCCAGAGCAGAUCUCUGAUGAUGACGAUGAUGAUGAUGAUGAAGAUGAAGAAGAGGAGGGGGAAGACAUCCAUGAAGUGGAAGCUGAUGACUUAUGGAGUAUGGAUGAUGAGAUGUGUUUCACUGAUGGACAGAUAUCUCAGAAAGUGCCGGAUGAUCUCACAAAAUCCCUUGUAUUGGCACUCAGUGUGUGUUACCGAGCAUCGUUGAGGAGUCGAGCUGAAUAUGAUGCUUAUAUUGUGAGGUCUUUUUGGGGACCAUGCUUGCUCCAAGGGGGCUCUGAACAGUUUCUCAACAUCAUUGACAGCUGCCAGAAGGUGUUUGUGGAUGAAGUCGAGAUUGACCCAGAAAAGAACAUAGCGAAGAACCAGGCCCUGAAGGAGAACCUGUUCAUGAUGGUUGUCUGUAUUGAACUGAGGAUCCCCCUUUUCCUGGUGGGAAAACCAGGCAGCUCCAAGUCCCUGGCCAAAACCAUUGUUGCAGAUGCUAUGCAGGGUAACUCAGCCAAAAAGGAAUUGUUCAAACAACUGAAGCAGGCCCAGAUGGUGUCAUUCCAGUGCAGUCCUCUGGCCACUGCUGAAGGUAUUGUCGGUACCUUCCGUCAGUGUGCUCGCUACCAACAGGACAAGGACCUGGACAGGUUUGUCUCCAUCGUAGUUCUGGAUGAAGUUGGUCUGGCAGAAGACUCUCCAAGGAUGCCGCUCAAGACUCUCCACUCACUGUUGGAAGAUGGCUAUCAGGGCUUUGAAGAACCAGGACAAGAUGUGCAGAGUGGUCAGUCACCAGAAGAGGAUGAAUUUGAAGGAGAUGAAGAUCAAGGAUUAGACAUCAAUGAUGAACAUCAAACAGACAAAAACCAAAACAAUAAGGUUGCCUUCAUUGGGAUCUCCAACUGGGCCCUGGACCCCGCUAAGAUGAACCGAGGAAUCCUGGUGCAGAGAGAAGUUCCUGAUAAGAAUGAACUUGUAGAAAGUGCAGAAGGCAUAUGCUCAAGCAAGAAAGAAGUUCUCAAUAAAAUCGAGACAUUGCUGCCUGAUUUAGCUGAAGCCUAUGAGAAGAUCUUCAGAGAAUCACAACAGCAAUCAAGAGAAUUUUUUGGCCUACGAGAUUUCUACAGCCUUGUAAAGAUGGUGUAUGCAUUUGUUGCCACAAGUAAAAGAAACAUUUGUUGGCACCAGCUGGAGCAUGCAAUCAAAAGAAACUUUGGUGGACUUCACACUCUAAAUCCUGUAAAAAUAUUCAAGAGUGAAAUAAAGACAAUUGAUGUACAUGAAGAGGUUCAUACUGAUGACCCAGACUGCUCAACCAUAGCUCUUUUAAAGGCGGCAUUAUCUGGAGAUAGUACAUGCAGUGAGAGCCGUUACCUGCUACUGCUGACCGAGAACUACGGUGCUCUGAACAUCCUACAGCAACACCUUCAAGCUGAUGAUUAUAAGCAUCAUGUCAUCACUAUUUUUGGGUCAAGUUUCCCAAAGGAUCAGGAAUACACUCAGGUGUGUCGAAACAUCAACAGAAUCAAGGUGUGCAUGGAGACGGGCAGCACAGUGAUCCUGUUGAACCUGGAGAAUCUGUAUGAGAGUCUUUAUGAUGCACUCAACCAGUAUUAUGCCGUACUGGGAGGAGAGAGAUUUGUUGAUCUUGGUUUGGGAACCCAUCGAGUAAAAUGUAGAGUACACAGGGAUUUCAGACUGAUUGUGGUAGCAGAGAAGCAGAUAGUGUAUGACAAGUUCCCCAUACCGCUAAUAAACCGCCUGGAGAAACACUUCCUGACACUCAGCAACAUGAUGACACCACAACAGAUGGACAUGGCUUCGAGGCUUCAUCAGUGGGCUGAAGAUUUUGUCACUCCUCAACCACAAAUACCUGGAGGAAAAUCAAUAAAAGAGACACCACACGAUGCUUUCAUGGGCUACCAUCCAGACACAGCAGCUGCCAUUGUGCAGCAUGUGUGGGGAAGAGAGGAACCGACAGAGCCUGUUGUUAGAGAGUUGUUCAUGGAGUGCAGAGAAAUGCUGCUCUGGUGUGCUACUCCUCAAUAUGUCCUGCAGCUCUCGCGAAAGAAACUAUAUUUUGAAGCUGAAACCAUCCAAGCCCUGUACUGGAGGCAUCAGAAGCAUAAGGAUAUCUUUGAUUACUUAGCAUGGGCUUUGGAACAGGGAACAGAGCAUACAAUCCAAGUCCAGGUGACAACUCACUCCAAGCUGCUGACAGACCAGGAGAAGGAGGACUUGAGCAGACAUCUGAGUCUGCCUCCCAACAACAUCAUCCUGCUCACACUGCAGUCCUUUGACACAGAGCAGCAGUUUGCACAGCAGAUCAAAAACUUUGUGCAGCGGUGCGAGGAGGGUCAGAAACUGCUGCUAGUUCAGUGUGGAUCUGGAGACAGGAACCAGUCUCUCAUCAGGAGUGCCCAGUACUGUGUUCUGGAUGAGCUGCAUAAUGCCAGGCAGUUUGCUGUAGUCUUCAUCAUACAACUGCCUAAUAUUGCUGGAGGAUGCUUCUCUGGCUUUCAGGCAGGAAAAUGGCAUUCAUUGCAUUUGGAUGAACUCACUCCUCAAAACAAACUUCUGCCCACAAUCGAUCAACUCCUUGAAAGAUGUCCUUCUGACAUUUUUAAAGGAGAUCGAAAAGACUUUCCUUCGCAGAGAAUGACAGGAAACAGUAUUGCUGUGGCUACUCCCAAUGACAAGGGGGAAAAUACAACAGGCAGACCCAAGGAAAGAAGUGGAGAGAACUUCAUGACUGUCGAGAAAGGACCAAUGUUGAGAUCUAAAGAUGACAUUGAUGAACACACAAUUGCUCCCCACCUCCAACAACUUCUUAUUUCAUGCAUCCAGUCUGCUGCUGCUCUCAUCAGGGAUGAAGAACGGGACACCAAACGCUCCACCAAGAGGAUAGAGAUACUCCUCAAGCUCCUUAACUAUAAGGAUGAUGAAGAUGCAGUGUUGUUCGUGCAUGGUGUGUCAAAACUAGUUAUCAGACUGCUACAAGAAAAGGAGUCAAUGAGUCAUGGAUCUCCAAAGAACUGGCUAUAUACAGAGGCAGCAAAAUCUGAGAAAGUGCAGAAAUCUGGAACAUUCAGGCGUUCAUGGAUACAUUGUCUGGAGAGUAAAAUCACACCCAUACUGGCUCAAGUUCUGGCUUUCCUGGACACUAGCAGGAACCUAGACUUCAUGCAUGCACCUGAUGUUGCACCAUGGACGAAAAGACUAUGGCUGGCAUUGCUGAACAACACCACAGUCUGUCAUGACCCGUGUAAGAGGAUCAUCACCCCUGGCAACCAGUCCCAGCAGAGUGAGGUUGUACCACAUCAUUUUGGAGUCAGCAAAUUGGUGUUUUCAGUACAGAUGCCAUUUUUCUGGCUUCUCUUUCAUGACAUCAAAAAUGCCAUACUGCAGGCAGAAAACAAUGCACUGGAAGAAGAUCUUUUGAGAUGUGUGGAAAACAUCAUCAGCAGGACUGCAUAUGGGAAGAUCCUGUUGUCUGUAGUUACAGAAAAAGAAAAGACUGAAAUGAUUAGAGCUUACCUGAGAGAUUUUGUGGUUGCGGUCUAUCCUGAUGUGACAGACAAGUGGAAAAUUCUUUGUAAUGCCCUUGAGAAUGCUGCCAGACAGACAGAGAGAGACCUGGAAAGUCUAGGUGUGAUACAAGCUGUAGUCUACAUCCACGUUAUCCACUCCGCUGCCAAAGAGAGGCUGCAGCUCUUCCUAGAGGUUGUCCAGAUCUGGCCGGAAGUUGUGACGGCUGUCAUUGACUUGAAGGAGAGAGUAGGAGGGAACCCACUGCUCACAGAUGAUGAGAUGACUUUGGAUGUUCUGAGUUUGACACUUCUCAUGGAGCAGCUGGAACCAAGUAAGGAUGAAUUGAACACAGAUAAAGGCCGAUCAGACUGGAUGGAUCAUGUCAAGACAUAUCUGCCUGUCAUAGGUAGAAUCCUCAACACUACAGAGACCGAGCUUGAACAUGGCAAUGUGUGUCUCCGGGUAAUGGAUCAGGCAAGAUGUAAUUGGAUGCGAGUGAUGACCCUUAAACUCUUUCUGGAGAGCUUCACUGGAAUCAAGAAACUUGAGCUGGGAACAAAAUAUAUGCCUUUGUGGAAGUGGCUGGGGGAUGACGCUGAUUUAACCAAAAUGUCAUCACUGAAAAAAGUAGAUCAAUUUCUGAUCAGUAUAAAUGUGGCAUUUGAGAAGAAAAUUGCAGGAAAAAGGGGUAAAUGCAGUUAUUGUGAGACUCCUUUUGGUGAGAAGCUGAAAGCACAUCUACCAUGUGCACACAAAAUCUGUCUGAAAUGUUUUGCUGACAUUAAAGCCAAACGAACCAUGAAAUGCCCAAACUGCCAGAAGCAAAUACCAUCGUCUUACAAGCCAUGCAAUAGCUCAGCUGAACAAAGGGAAGUGUUAGAAGACUAUCGUGUCUACCAAAAGUGCUGCAACACUUUCCUCAUGGCUGUGGUCUCCAAGCUGUGUUUUGGCCAAGUAGAUGCUCCUGAAGAUGCUGUGGUGAAGAAAGUCUUCAGCUACAUCACCCAUGAAACAGGACAUGGCAAGACAUACACCAAACAGAUGUCUGUAUUUGAAGAUGUGAUUGAUCAAACACCUGUAGUCAGAUCCUUUCUUCUACAACUUCUCAUACACAAGAGUGAAGCCACUGUUCAAGAGCACCUCAAAGAUUUCUUCCUCCAUGCAAAAAAACUGUGUCAACAGGGAGGAGAGGAGAUGUCCCAGGAUAAUAUCGAUAAACUUGUGCAGUUCAGUCUUCUUGUCAUACACUGCUAUGAGGACCUGUCUCACGAACAAGCAGCCAGUCUAUGUAACUCAGAUGAAGAAAUGAGGAUUGCAAGGCUCCAUCUUGCUGAAGCCAGACAGUACAUUAUGGUCAAAGAACUUGACAUAGGGAAGAUGUUUACUGUUGCCAAAUGCCGUUAUGGUCUGUCAGUUGCUGCCAAGUACCUACAUGGAGUGCUAGCUCAGAAGAGUCUGCACAAGACUAAGCAGUUCAACCAACUGAUCCAAGAAGUCAAAGAUCUGUUGGAUGUUGAGGAUACUGAUUGGCCCAAAAAAUUUCUUGUGAAGCAGAUUUGUAAAGAUUUUGGGACUGACAGUUAUCAGGCAAUUUGUGCAUCCGCUGAAUGGCUAGCCCUGGACUCAACAAAUGAGGUUGCAGCAUGUCCAGAUCGAUAUGUAGUGUGUCCAAUUAGCUAUCAGAAACUGAGAGAAGCUGUUGCCAAAACUCUCCUCGGACAAAACAUAAAGCACCUGAAGUCAUUGAUGAAGCAGAAUGAUGAAAUGCUGUUCCUCCUGGCACUACACAGAGAAAUCACCAUGAAAAACAUUGCCCCCAGUAGUGAAGCUCAAUUGCUGCAAAAGUCAUCUCAAUGCAUUGAAGCACUCAUACAGAAUGCCAAGGACAACAUGAAAGGAAAAGAACUUGCACUAAAACUGAUAAAGAAUAAGUUUGGUGGACCUGUUUCUUUCCUCAACAUCACAGAAGGACAGUGUGUCCGAGACCAGAGUCUGGUGUGUCUGCUGCUGCAUACAUACCUCGUCCUAACACACUUCAACAACAAGCCAGGCUUCCUUAAACCUCUCUCUGACCUCAUACUGCAUCCUGAAAACAUGAAAGACAAAUUGUUUCCAACAAUGCCCCAAGAUGACACAGAUUCCAUACGGGAGAUAUUGUUAAAAUCGCUGAGGAAUACCGACACCACAGUUGUGGUCUACACCUGCCCCAAUGGACAUCCUUAUGUCAUAACAGAGUGUGGUCAACCUGUUACUGAAGGGCGAUGCGAUGUAUGUAAGGAGAUAGUUGGAGGCAGCGAAUAUAAGGCAUUCCAAGGAAACACACUUCAUGAUGGGAGGGACCAGACCCGUACUGGUCAUGUUCUGGGAAGAGCAGCAGAUAGAACCACCGCCUAUGCUGGUGAACGUAGACUGGGAGGAGCUGCCUGUGCUGUUCUGCGUUUCUUCACUCAUGCUGCAUUACUUCUGGGAGCAGAGAACAACCCACAGGCAGUAGCAGCUCUGGUCUACCCCCAGCUACAGCAGGAUACCAGUCAGUUUUUCUUGGAGCACCUCCAGAAGGACCUUCAGAUCAUCCAUCUGGCCACAGGGAAGAGUGUGGAUGAUGUCUUCCUCCUCCUACACUUCAUCUGUCAUCAGAUUUCUGAACUAGAUAAAUACAAGAGAAGUGAUCCAGCAAAUCUAACCAACAAGCCCGCUAGAGAGACCUGGGAAGACCAGUUUGCCAAGACAUUUAUCAAUCAAUCAGUGCAGAAUUUGGAAGGCUGUCUUGGAAUAUGCAACGACAGAAUUCGAAAGGACAAAAGGAUAGGUUCCAACAAGCUGAUGUCUAUUCUGUAUGAAGUAGACACUUCCACUCCCCAGCAAGUUGACUGUCUCCAUGAGUUCCCAGCUGUCUGGAGGUACCAGUCACGUAUCACGUUGGAGCAUUUCCUGCGAGAGUUCCAUCUGAAAGUAGAGAACAACAAGGGCAAGAAAUCCAAGAUGGAAGUGCUCAGCCUUUUCAGACAAGAGCACCCAUUCCUGCAGGCAUUGCACCACAUCCCUAACAUUCUCCGUCUACAACAGCUGCUGAUGGCAAAAUUCAGACGUCGUCUUGAUCGCUCUCAAGCAAAUAAGAUGACCAUUGCAGAGAUGUUCUCAAGAGAAGAUGAGGGCUUUAAAAAGGAUGUAAAGGAGUUGAUGCCUGAUUUGAUUGCCGUUUGGGAAUGUGUGAAGGAGAGUCUGCAUAGUCAUGGAUGUAGGACAGUUCAUGCCGGACAGGUUUUCCUGCCUGAUGCCUACAAGAACAUGAGGAUAGAGGAGAACUCCCCGCUAGCCGUCCUUCUGCCAUCCACUCAGGGACCCGGUAUCUGCUCCUACAUGAUGCUGGAGUUCCUCUUCAGGAAGCACAAUGAAUUCAUGGAAAAAUACUGUGAAAAGAUCAACUCCAGCUAUGAGCGCCUGCCUGAGGUCAGCAUGAGGAAACUUCACAGUAACCACCUGGUCAGCUACCACCCUGACCGUGACCUGCUGCCCCUUGUCCUGGCCAACUGUAACUACUCCUUUGAGCUGGGGAAAGGCAACACCACUGAGUAUGACUUUGAAGGAUUUGAGUAUCAGCUCAAAGAAGUCAUUCUUCAAGCCAAGUCAAGAGUUGCACAAAUAUCAUAUGUCAUACCUAUUGAUCAAAUGGUGUACAGGGCAGAUUCAGGAAACAUUGCAGUGUUUAAGACACUCCAAGACAGAAUACCACAGGAGCCCCUGUCACCAGCGGUGAAGGUACAAAUUGUGUCUGAACUCAAGUCUAGCUUGCCAGACAUCUGUGACUCUAUCAACAACCUGGACAUCACCACCAGCUUCCUCAAGUCUCUGGGAGGAGAUCCAGACCAGUCACUGCAGACUUUCAUGACAGAUGUGCUCAAGAUGAAACCGACAAUAACAAGUCAGAAGGCAAGGCAGGUUUGUCAGUUCAGGCAUGUUCAGUCACUGUGGCUUUUACUGACAUUCCAGAAGUCUGUGAUACUUGCUGAACACAACCAGGACCCAUUCAGCAAUCUUGACAGUGAGCACAAUGUAGAUCUGAGUGAGGAAGAGAGAACUAAUCUACGUGGGUUUUGUCGAAAGAAAAGUCCUGACAAGCUGGAGUUUUUCCUUCAAGAGAUCUUCAACUGUCUCUUGCUGUGGGUGGCUGUACCUGCUGACAACUCUGAUGGACCAAGUCCAAAGUCUAUGAGCCUGAAAGCCUUACUGCAAGGUCACCUUGAUCGUUCACUGUACAGUGAUGAAGGUGCAGGAAGCAGAUCAAGCAGCACUGAUCAGACCCUGACAGAGGAAGACAUUGCCUCACUCCCACCUAGCAUCAAGGGCAUGCACAUCCCUGACACUUGGCUGGUGCUGCUCCAGGAGAUCAACCAGCGCAGGAAGGAGAUGAAGGUGGUGCAGCUCUGAUCCCAGAGUCAAUAGAUUAUACAGUUGUACAUGUGCUGUACUUCAACCUGAUGCCUGCAUCAGCCUGUACAUGUUCUCUUGUGUAGGUGGUGCAACUCUGAUCCCAGAGUCAAUAGAUUAUACAGUUGUACAUGUGCUGUACUUCAAUCUGAUGCCUGCAUCAGCCUGUUCAUGUUCUCUUGUGUAGGUGGUGCAACUAUGAUCCCAGUGUCAACAGAUUAUACAGCUGUACAUGUAUUGUACUUCAAGUCUGAAUCUGUACAGAAUCAUGUAUUUUUUAGCUGAUGUUGAUGGUGGUAAGUUGUUAUUUUUUUACAUGCUUCUUUUUAAUUUAUCAGUUGUUUACUGUGGAGUGUAUGCAUUUUAUGAUUAGUUUUUGUAUGUUCUUUGAAAAAUCAUGAAGUUUUGUAAUAAAUAAACAGUUAUUUUGUGUUUUUUAUGAUACAUGUUUUCAGCAUAUAUAUGCAAAGCUGUUAUGGUUAAUGUGUUUCUUGACUAGUUGUAGACUACUUAGUUGUUAACGUAACUCUAAACUGAUUAUGUAACCCAUAAAUAUACAUCUAAGUUAACCUAAUUUAGAGUAUAUUAGAAUGUGUGGUAUUGUAGCUUUGUAAAUAGUGGAUUGAUAAACUGUAAGGAGCUAAAGGAUUGAUAUCAGACCUUUAUCAUACAUACAUUUAUGCAAUCAGUGUACUGAACAGUACGCAUGUAUUGACAUUUACUCGGCAUCAUUAUUGAAGGGUCACCUAAGUAUGUAGGGUGUCAAACAUGAACAUAUGCCAACAAGUUAAAAAUGGGGCAUUAUAUCUCUUAUUAUCUUCAUGACCCCUCAAUUAUGAUGCUGAGUAUAUUUGGUAACAUUUUGCAACUUAUUUCCAUGAUUGGUUGUUUGCAGAAUUUUACAUGGAUUCCAAACAUAUACUUACAUACAUUGAAUUUGAUUUAAAAUAGUGAAUUUUCAGUUAUUUAUAAAGUAUAUAUUUUGCCAGUAUUUAUUCUUAUGCUUUAGCUUCAGAGGUGUAUCACUAUUUUAGCUAUUUUUGUCAACAAUGUUUUAUCUCUUUUCAAUAUGUUUUUUUUCUGUUGUUACAGCUCAUCAGUUGCAUCAUGGGAAUAUGUAAUAGUUGGUUAUGUUUUGAAACAUUUACCUUUUAUCUAACAUAUCUAGCAAUUUAUGAAACUUACUAUCAGCUUACUGAAGUUAUCUACGUAAGUAUACCAUAUGAUCUACAGUAAGUGCUGUGUGUGUGGUACCUAUAUGAUUGUCAUGGUCAACUGCUAUUUCUCUAAUUUACAUUUUGUGUCAAUAAGAUAUAGCAGCAGUGUUUGAAUGAAACUAUUUUAUAUAUUAGCAUUUUAAGUUGCUGUUGUUUUUGACAAGGUUGUGACAAGUGUGAUAGACUAACUAUCAAUGCAUCAAACAGACCAUCAGCAACAUUCAUGUUAUACAGUUGUUCUGCAUAAAUAGAGAUAGGAGUGGUUGAAUAAGUUUAACUGUGUUAUCAUUCUUGAAACAUUUUUUGUUUUUGAUUGAUUUUUUUUAAAUAAUCAUGUAUGCUCCUAGGGACCAGUCCCAUGUUUGUUGAGAUCAUAUCUCCUGUACGUGUUUAAAGUACAGUUUGAGAAAGCUAUUGGAUUUGCAGCUAGACGUAAAAGGCAAUCCAGAAGCGGGAAAUCUGUGGAUUUUCUCAGAAAGUGCAAAAUCUAUUGAUUUGUUUUGUUAUGCUAUUUAGGCAUUUGUUUUAAGCCUGAAGAAAGUAAGAGAAUGGAUAUUGUAUGUAGCAGAAUUUGCUGUUGAAGUAGACCUCACUUAGGAUCACAGUAGAUACAACUAGUGUGUCCAGUAGUUGGAUGUUGAAUGGUAUAUUUUGUACAGUUUUGAAAUGAAUCCUUGCAGAUUAUUUUGUUGUAUUACAGUGUUCACAUCGUCUUAAUUGGCUUAGUGAGUUAGUGAUUCACAAUUCUGGAUUCCAGUGUUUAGAGAAUGAUUACUGCUUUGUGUCAUAAUCAGUUUCUUAGCUAAUCACAGCAUCACUGUUGCUUUAACUCUAUGUUUCAUUUUAUCAAACCACUUUGUACAAACAAACAUCUUUACAAUGAUCAUCAUAAGGGGUUUAGAACUGUGGAGUUGUUCAUGUACAUAAACUGUACAUAUCUGGUGAACAAGUAGUGUCUUAAUAGUACACUUAGAAUGUGUUGCAAUAAUUCCGAAUAUUUGUAUUAAAACAUUCUUUAUAUAAUAUUAAAAAUAAAUUUUAAUCAAAUUUCCAGUUUUAGGAAGUACAAAUGAUUGUUGUUACUUUCUUUUAUAUAAGAGCACUUAAGAAUGCUGUAUGUAUGUUGAUGUGUUUCUGCCCAUAGUAUCCAUGUACCAGGAUAUGGUUUCAUCUGUACGUAGGUGGUAUGUAAAGAAUUAUCUAACACUCAUCUGUAGAACCAUUAGGAAGCUUAUAUCUGUAUGAUUGUGUAAAGUGUCUCUGUUCCCUUUAUCUACACAGUUAUGCACUGUAGUUGUUUAUGAAAUUGAGGUUUGAUAUUGAUAUGUACAUUUAUCAUUUAGAAAUAUCAUUUCUUUAAUAAAUAUUGAAGAAUUCUUUAUGACUGACAUAUUUUAAUUGUUUGACUGUGCCAUGAACGAGAGGUAAAUAAUUUGUGACUAACCCUCUUUUGGAUAAUGUUUUAAUGUGCCAUAUGUGCUUUUAAAUCUGUUCAUAAAUAUCAAUCAUGAAGUAUCUUGGCCCCCAUUGUUAUAACUUCUUAUCAACAAGGAAAUUCACCAAAAUCAUCUACAACCACUAGCAAUGUUACAAACAGAGCUCGUAACCAUCAUGACAGCGUCCAAAGUGUAUGUAUAAAUUAUAUAAAUUACCAUGUACCGGUAAUAUGCCUCACUUCUCUUAUAGUCACACAUUGUAAAUAGCCAUCACUAUCUGUGCUACUGUGUAAUAUGCAUCACUUGUCAUAUAGUCACACAUUGUAAAUAGCAGUCACUAUCAGUGCUACUAUGUAAUAUGCAUCACUUGUCAUAUAGUCAUAAACUGUAAAUAGCAGUCACUAUCAGUGCUACUGUGUAAUAUGCAUCACUUGUCAUAUAGACACACACUGUAAAUAGCAGUCACUAUCAGUGCUACUGUGUAAUAUGCAUCACUUGUCAUAUAGACACACACUGUAAACAGCUGUCACUAUCUGUGCUACGGUGUAAUAUGCAUCACUUGUCAUAUAGACACACACUGUAAAUAGCAGUCACUAUCAGUGCUACUGUGUAAUAUGCAUCACUUGUCAUAUAGACACACACUGUAAACAGCUGUCACUAUCUGUGCAACAGUGUAAUAUGCAUCACUUGUCAUAUAGUCACACACUGUAAACAGCAGUUACUAUCUGUGCUACAGUGUAAUAUACAGUGUAUCACUUGUCAUAUAGUAAGGCUGUAAAGAAUAGUAACCAAUAUCUGUGCUAUAGUGUGAUAUGCAUCACUUGUCAUACAAUCACACACUGUAAAUAGUCAUCACUAUAUAUGUAUUAGCUACAGUGUAAUAUCCAUCCCUUGUCAUAUAGUCACACACUGUAAACAGCUGUCACUAUCUGUGCAACAGUGUAAUAUGCAUCCCUUGUCAUAUAGUCACACACUGUAAACAGCAGUCACUAUCUGUGCUACAAUGUAAUAUACAGUGUAACACUUGUCAUAUAGUAAGGCUGUAAAGAAUAGUAACCAAUAUCUGUGCUAUAGUGUGAUAUGCAUCACUUGUCAUACAAUCACACACUGUAAAUAGUCAUCACUAUAUAUGUAUUAGCUACAGUGUAAUAUCCAUCCCUUGUCAUAUAGUCACACACUGUAAACAGCUGUCACUAUCUGUGCAACAGUGUAAUAUGCAUCCCUUGUCAUAUAGUCACACACUGUAAACAGCAGUCACUAUCUGUGCUACAAUGUAAUAUACAGUGUAACACUUGUCAUAUAGUAAGGCUGUAAAGAAUAGCAACCAAUAUCUGUGCUAUAGUGUGAUAUGCAUCACUUGUCAUACAAUCACACACUGUAAAUAGUAGUCAAUAUCAUUGCUACAGUGUACCAUGUUUCACCUACUCUUUCAAAAUAACUUUUUAGUUUCAGUGUUUAAUGAACAAAAAAAGUAAUUUUCUUUUAAUCAUUGCUUUUACUUAGAUCUGUGGCUUUAACAAUAUUUGCUUAAAUGACUUGACUGACUUUCUCAGAAAAAUCAAUUCUAAAAGCCAUGAAUUAUUGUAUAUAACUCUUGAACAUUUUUAGUGUCUUAGUGUCAGCUUCUAAUUUUAUACGUAGAUCGCGUUUAGUAGGCGGAGCAUGUAUACUGUUUUGUUGGUCAUCUACCACCUAAGACUCCACCUCUGUUAAACCGCUGUAACGCUCAUCAAUUAUUUUGACCCUGAAAGUAGCAUUGUAGCGAGGGAUAACUGUAUAAAUAUACAUGUAUGUUGUACUUACAGAAUUAGUUUGCAUGUUAUGUAUGUGAAAAUUAUAAUUGCAACAUUGAUCAUAUGAAUAUCCAGUCACUUGUGCCUUUAAGUGUCUGAGCAUUACUGUAUAUAUUUGUCAAGUUACCCAUAGUAUAUAAGAUAUAUACUUAAAGAUGUUAACUUUAACUGUAAAUCGAGAUCUAGUUUCAUAUUAUGUGCAUAUCAAACUGUGUUGUUCUGUUCACAUCAAGACCGCCUCCGUGGUCUAAUGGUAGAGCGUCCGCCCGGAGAUCAGAAGGUCUGGGGUUUGAUCCCCAGCCGCAUCAUACUAAAAGACGUUAAAAGAUGGUACUUGUUGUUACCCUGUCUGGCGCUCGGCAUUAAGGGGCUAAAACAAGGACUGGUCAGCUCGGAGUCAGUAUACUGUGUCUGAGUGGGGUAUUCAUGUUAAACUGCGGCAUGGUAUCUCAGUGUGCUAGCACUAUAAAUCGGCAUCAGUCCGGACUAGUACAAGCAGCCACACACACACACAUACACGUGCAUGCACGUCGCUAUAUAAGUGCAAUAAUCUUGGACGCGACGUUAAACCCAUUUCACCUCACCUCACCUGUUCACAUCACUACACCAAAAGUGAAUUUAGUCUUGAUUCAUGAUUCAUUUAUCUGCUGUCUUAACUUUCUUAAUCUCACAGUUAAGUAUAUCCAUUGUUUGUUGAAUGAGGACAUCUGUUUGAUGCCCUUGAUGUUAUGGAUGAUAAUUCCUACAUACGGUCAUGGGUUCUCAGGCACUGAACACAAAUAAUCCAUGCUUUUUUUGUAAGUGCAAACAUCAUUAUCAUAUAUGUGAUGGGCAGUCUGAAACUGUGUGAGGGAAGUUGUCAGUCUUUAGAAGCCCCAAUAUGUUUAUUAUGACAAAACUGUUAUUUUAUUCAUUUUUCCAUUUCAAAUCACAAAAUAUUUGUGUCAUUGUGGCAAGAACAAACUAUUGUAUUAUAGUAAUUAAUCUAAUUCUGAAAUGUAUUUUUGGCCAUAUACUAUGGACAUGUUAACAACUGAUUUAAUUUCCUUAUCUGUUAACUUAGAAGCAAUAUAGUACAUGUAUCAGUCAAUUAGAAAAAAACCCCUCUUAAUAAGAAUUACUAUGUAGUUCAAUAUUUAGUGAACUGUUUUAAGUAAUUCAUUUUUCUUGUCAUUAUGAAUCAUGUACAUCCAUAUCUAGAUGAUUAUUAUUCAAGACAAACAUGUUCAGAGAGAAUGUGUUUUUUCACAACUUGUACAUUGUAGAUGAGAUUUUGUAAUGAUCAUUGAUAUUGUCCGAUUUCUCUAAGUGUUGAAUUCCAGUAUGAAUGCAUGUUUUAUAUUUACCAUUAUGUACAGUGAGGUUGUAUUGGGAGAAACUGAUUGUGAAGUUAACAGACUUUCUUGUCAUUUGAUAAAGAUCACUAAUCACGUAAAGUUAAUGAAGGUUGAUGAGUUGUCAACAAACAUGGGAGAGGUCUCAAAUACUUAUGUUCGGAUUGUUUGAUAAAUUUGUCUUGUUUAACCAGUUUUAUUUUCAACAGAGCUCUUUUUUAUAUUUCCAAAAUGUUGUGAUGCUACACAUGUGAAAACUGAUAUAUGUACCAAUGUAAUGAUUUAUUUGCUUUUAUUAUUAAACCAGUUGUGCUUUG